AUGGUGGGAAUUGUGUCGAAGAAAAGCGUCACAUUCGUCGGACAAAAGCUAGCGGCGCACAUAGAUGAGCAGCUCUUUUCCAAGUACGGAUUCAAGGUGGAACAACUGAUGGAGCUCGCCGGUCUCGCUGCCGCGCAGGCCAUCGCCGCUCACUACCCGAAAAGUAAGAGAGAGAGAAAGAAAAAGAGGGGAGAAUGAUUUCCGGCUGUUUUCAGGCAAAGUGGCGGUGCUUUGUGGGCCAGGCAAUAACGGCGGCGAUGGAUUUGUGUGCGCACGCCAUCUUCAACAAUUUGUGAGUGACAUGCAAGAUCCGAAAUCAGAAGGGGACAAAUACAUUUUCAGGGCUUUACCCCACACAUCGUCUACCCGAAAGAGUCGAAAAACGAGCUGAUGAAAAGUCAGGUGGUUCAAUGCGAAACUUCCGAUAUCCCAGUGGCUUCUGCUCUUCCCACUGAUCUCAACUCAUUCCCUCUGAUCGUCGAUGCGCUCUUCGGCUUCUCCUUUCGUCCGCCCAUUCGCGAGCCGUUCACUCAGAUUAUAAAAACCGUCCGUGCCUCCGGAAUCCACGUCUUCUCAAUUGACAUUCCUUCUGGCUGGGACGUCGAGAAGGGCGCUCCGGAAGCAGAAACCGAAGGCGUGAUCACGCCGCAUGCCAUCAUCUCGCUCACUCUUCCAAAAUUGUGCAUGCAAAAUUGGACGGGUCCGCACUUUCUCGGUGGUCGCUUCAUUCCACGUCAGCUCGCAAAGGAUCUCGAGCUGCAGAUGCCAAUCUACCCCGGAUACGAACAAAUUGUCAAACUAGAGUCUGUUUUAUGAAAAAGCCUAAGACCAUAAUCGUUUUUACUGUUGAUUAGCAAUUCUAAUAAUCUAUUCUGAUCAAUUCCCAACGUGCUAUUAAUGCUAAUAAAUGCGUUUUUAACUGAAUAUGAGGGCUUCGAAAUUUGACUUUUACACGAAGUGUUCAGAAUGUUGGCCAUCACAACUUUUCUCCUCGUCAGUGCUUCUACCGUUUCUGCUGGAGAUGUCGUAGAGAUUUUCGGAAUUGCGAGAUGCCCUGACACUACAAAAUUCGUUAAAAAUCAACUGAUCCCAUUCUACAAGGACGCCGGAAACUUUCCUGAAGAUUUCAAGAUUGAUUUCCACGCCGUCCCAAUCGGCGGCUCCACUGUUAAUGGCUCUUUUGUGUAGGCCAUUUCUACAAGAACCGAAUUCCGAGAACAACUCACUUUUCAGCAACAAAUGCCUUCACGGACCAGUGGAGUGCGCGCUGAACAAGUUGCAAAUGUGUGCAAAGGAGUACAUAAAAAAGGACGCGCUGGUUACGAUUGGAUGUAUUCAGGGAAAGAAAACGUACGAGUUGGGAGCCAAAUGCAUUUCGGACGAUGAAAUCGGAAAGAAGUGAGUCAUUUUGAAACAAAGAUUAAAAAAUGAAGACAAAAGAAGAGGGUUUAGAAUCAUUGCUUGUGCUGAGUCAGAGGAGGGAGAAGUUAUUCUGAACGAUGAGAAUUCUUACCGCUACAGCGUUGCACCAACUUCGGCUUGGGUGAGAAUAAGACUAGUUAAAAGCCAACAACAAACAAUAAUUUCAGUUGCCAUGGAUUCAAAUCAACGGAAAUCGAGUUCAAGACGCCGAAUUUCACCUCAAGAACUACAUUUGUGCGCUCGAAUCGAUGAAAAACGAGGAUCAGUGCAAGAAGAACUGA